AUGAAUUCUCGCGAUCAUUCCGACAUGCCUCCGGCGCCCUCCUACCCCUCCCCCAACUCCGCGCAGAUGGCCCAAGGCGCCAUGCCAUACUACAGCAACCGCCAGCUGACGGACGACGAACUCUUGACGGCCGAGCUGUCACGCGAAGCCUCCGGUGGCAAUCUCGGGGGAGGGUCGGGUAAUGGUGUCCAUCAGGGCCAGUCGAUGGUGCUGGGCUCGUCCAAUGCUGGCGCGGACAUGGGUCGUCACGACUCCGAGGAUCAACACCAGCAGAUGCUGCAGUUUCCGCCAAGUCAGCAAGUCGGCGUCGACCCGAAUCACGAUCUGAGUUACGGUGAACAAAGCGCUCGUAAGCGUUCGAAGAUCUCGAGGGCCUGCGAUGAGUGUCGUCGAAAGAAGGUGCGAUGCGAUGCCACCUCCGAGACUGGCCUCGAAGGUUGCUCCAACUGCCGCCGUCUGGGCAUUGUGUGUCAAUUCAGUCGCGUGCCGAUGAAACGCGGUCCCAGUAAAGGUUAUAUCAAGGAACUUGCCGAGCGUCUUCACACCCUGGAGAGUCAAAUGCAGCCUGCGAUGGUCCAGCCCGAUGUGCCCUACCAGUCGAUGAACGACCUUCCUCGAGCCUACCAAGACUUCGCCUCACCAGUGGACUCGAGCGGCGGCAACCGAAAGAGAACAUACUCGGUCUUUGAGGGUCUGCCCAGCUCAUCAUUCGCGCAGCCGAACUUCAAUACGCGUGGGUCGCAUAAUGCCUUCGAUGCGACGGAGUCAUCGGCAGACCCUUACAACCCAGCGGUCACAAGUGGUGGCGCUCCCAAGCCUGGCAAUCUGUUCUGGAACCCGGCUAGCAAUGAGCACGACUUGCCCAGCGGUCUUGAAAUGACCGACUUGCCCAAGCAUGAGGGCGACGAUGACAUGACUCCAAUCAGCGUUGACGAAGGUGCUCUUGAUGCGUAUGUGGAAUCCUACAUUGCUCGUGCUCGUGAGCUAACAAGUGCGCGCAGCUAUUAUCACAAAAUCCAUACUCUACUGCCGAUUCUGCCGCACACCAAGGAGAGGACAUUAGAGCUGCUCCACCAGUGCCACCGCGAAGCGCAAGAGAUUUUCUGCUAUGCGUUGUACACCAUCACUCGGACCGACUUGUCGCGCGUGGCAAGCAAGUUCGAAAAAGUCACCUCCUUUGACAAUGCCCAAGAUCUCCUCCUUUUCCACACCCGCCAGCCACUCAUGAUUCACUCACCCGCAGUCAAUCUGGUAUGGCUACAGACUCUUCUGCUGAUGAUCAUCGAUUGUGACACUCGUGGCCCGGAGAAUUUUGUGUUGAAGGAUGGAAUUCCCAAACACACUCUAGUCCAGGCCGCCAGUAAGCUCGGAUAUGAUCUGGCAAAGAGCCAGGGUCAAUUGAAGAACAAGCGUGAUACCGAUCCUGAUGUUGACUCGGAUCCCAAUCUUGCGCGGCGCAACUGGGUGUCUCUGGUCAUUUUGGCCCGAUGGUAUGCCAUUAGCGUGGCAGAUGCGACUGUUCUCGGCUCCCAUGAGAUUGGUGGGCGUGAAGAUGAGCGGGUUGUGGGGCAAAUCACCACGGGGAUUGCCUCCUACUCGACCUUCCUGUCUGAGAUGGUCACUCUCGCCACUGUUGAACCGAACGUGUGCCAGGCGAACACCGGAUUGGGCCGCAUGGUCGGCGCCAACUUGGUCGCUUCGCUUGAGCGUCUUGCCGAGAUGGAGGACGUGUUCAAAGUGCAAGAGUUACCUGAGAACACCAGCACGCGACCACUCUUCGAGAGCCUCCAAGCGCAGCUGUACUGGACAAUCCGCCUGCUGAUCAAGCGCCACGUCUACGUCUACAGCCCCUACGAAAUCAUCUACUGCGCGCAGGAAGUGAUCAACGAGAUGCACAAAGCGACUCUCCAGAACCGCCAACCCUCCCCCAUCGACCUACACAGUCUGGCCCUCGCAUCGAUGACCCUUCUCGAAGCCACCGUCCUCCCGGAACACAGCACGGAAUGCUGGGACUCGCUUGAAAAAGUCGAAGAGAUCUUGGACCACCGCGCCAAGCGCUCCGCCAACGCAUCCGAGUUUGGCGACAUCUUCGGGACCCCCGGCUGGGACGCGAAGAUCCGGAUCUUCCUCGAAUGGCGCCGUGCAAAGGCCCAGGAGAGCCAGCUCCAUGAGUCGGGUAGUCUACCCAAGACAUCAGCCUCGUCCAACCACCCGCCGAUGGGUCCCAACGAGCAGCGCUCCCUGCAGCAUCUGGCUGAUCUCGCCGUCGGCGCUGAAGGCUCCGUUCCCCAAAACGCCUCCGCCACGCCGCCGCCAGGUCUAUCGUCCACCGAGCACGGCGAAACCUCGCCGAACCUCGCUCCGCAGCUUUCGCAGUCACACGCGGGUGGGGGUCGCGUUGUCGUGGACUUUACAAUGCUCACGAAGGAGGGAUAUCUCAAUGUGUUUUCGGGGUUGAUUUAUCGGCGUUCGCGCUGA